AUGUGCUACGUAGGCAAAGCAACAAAGAUCUUCAUUUUCAUAGUCACGGUGCUCGUUGUUCUGGGUCUGGUUUUGGGAUUGGGGAUCCUACGCCGCCACCACAAAGCUGCAAAUGAAUGUUCUGAUGGGUCUUGCUCACAUCCACUCCCCGGCCCCAAUUUCAAUUCACCAACCCCACCUCCCUUCUUUCAGUACCCCCCUCCCCCACCAAUAAUUCCGGGCACAAAUCCAACCCUUCCUCCUCCUUCCGACCCCAACCCAUCUCCGCCGCCGCCGCCGCCGAUGCUGCAGUCACUGCCACCGCCGCCGGAGGAAACUGCUCCUCCAGCCCCUCCAAAUCCUCCAAGUGUGGCGGGGCCACCUAUUAAUACACCUACACCAGGGUCGGCGCUGGUGGCACUAGCUCCUGUGCAUGUUUUUGUGUAG